GAGGGUGCGAUACGCCACGUAAUUCUGAGUCUGCGCAGCCAGUUUGUUGUGUCCGCCAUAUUGAAUUUGCUCACAGAAGAAACAUGCCUUAGUCGAGGACGAGUUCUAAAAUUCCAAUUGAUAAUUUCUUAUUUUUUUAUAUUAUAACUUAACUUAAGCGGUUUUAAGUUAGGUCAGAUCUGUAGUGUUUCAGCAUAGUGAGCAAUGGGGAAGAGAUAUUACUGCGACUACUGUGACCGCAGUUUUCAAGACAAUCUGCACAACAGAAAGAAGCACCUAAACGGCGUCCAGCAUCACCGGGCGAAAAAAGCCUGGUUUGACAACUUCAGAGACGCUGCCACAGUUUUAAAUGAAGAGCGGACAAAGGAGCCCUGCAGAAAGUUUCUCCAGACAGGACAAUGUGUAUUUGGUACAAGCUGUCGUUUUUCACACAUGUCUGAGAGACAUAUGAAGAUGCUGGAGCAAAAGAUUGAUGAUGAAAAGCGGCAGAAGGAAGACCCUGACCAAGAUGGAUCAUCUACUGAGCGCAGCAUUGAUGACUGGCUCUCCAGAAGAGAGAAGAAACUGGCUGCUUUGACAUCAGGAAGAGUUUUAAAGAUGGAAGAGGAAGAAUGUGCUGAAACCAUUGAGAUACCUCCGUAUUUGCUGUCUAUUCCAGAUCUUCCUCCAUCUCUUCAUCCCCCACCAACUGGUGGUUGGAGAGUGAUGCUGCACAAUGAAUGGGGUUGAAAUGUAAUUUAUUAAAGUUCUUUUUAAUUAUUCCCUUUUUUCUUCAAGAACAUGCUGCUAACUAUUAUCAUUACAAAGCCUUUGUAUGCUAUUCCUUAAAGAAAUAGUUCACACAAAAAUAAAAACAAAAUUGCUGAAAAUUUCCUCUGGCUGUCCAAGAUCAUUUUGUUUGUUCCUUGUAAUGCUAAAUUUCUCCAAAUCGAUUCCAUCACUUGCUUAGUAAUAGAUCCUCGGCUAGAUCCUCAUUAGUAAGCAGCAAGGGAAGUAAUGCUACAUUUCUCCAAAUCUGUUCAGAUAAAGAAACAAACUCAUCUGCAUCUUGGAUGGCCCGAGGGUGAGUGAAUUUUCAGCUAAUUUUCCUUUCUUGAAGGGAGAACAGUGCACAUAUUUGUAUCAAAUUGAAGAGUUUAUUUGCAAACACAGAUAACUCAGUUUUUUUUUUUUAAUUUUCAAAAAUAAUGUUUUUUAUUAUGUUAUUAUGUUUUUAUUGUGUGUUAUUGUGUUAGUUAGCUGUAUUUUUUUGUUAUUUUUUACCUGAUCAAAAUAACCCAGCUGCAGUUUUAUUGAGAUUAAUUGGAAUGCACAAUGAAAAAACAACAUGAUU